GCUGAGGAGUGAACAAGUAACUCUUACCGCUGUUGCCCUGCCGUUUCUCUGCUGGGAUUCUGAAAUACUUGAAGAAACACGAGAUUUUAGAGUCCGUGUUUUUUUUACGAUUCUAGUGACUGGUUAACAAAAAUUCUACGUUAUAAGCAGAAGAAACUCGUAACAUUCCGGUUAUUCAUCUUUGUGUUGUUGGUUUUUUAAAUAGUCGUGGUAAGAGAGCAAAACUUUUCAGCAGAGGGAUACAAACGCCGCCACUCACUUUUUUUCAUUUAUUCCCGAUACAACUUCCUCAUGGAUAAGAACGUGGAGGCAGCAUUGAGUCUCCACGAGGAUCCGAAGACAACAAAAUGGUGGAGGCAAGAGAAGGAGCUGGAGCAGGAGGAAGACCAGGAAGCGGACGAAGAGGAAAACGAAGAGUAUUAUGAGGCGUUAUCGUGGGAAGACAAGAACUGGCCGUUGGUUUUGUCUGGCUUCGUUAUAAAUAUUCUGGCAUCACUUGGCAGUAACAACUUGGGGAUGCUGUUCAUGCCAAGGCUGCUGGAGCUUGGGUUGUCUCAAAGGUUGAUGUCGGGCACAAUGAACAUAUCGUUGGUUGCCGCGAACUUGCUGUGCAUUCCAGCGACGCCACUACUACACCGCUGGGGCUGUCGUCGCCUGUUGUUACUGGUCGGCUGCGUCUACAGCACCGCCUUCAGUUUAGCUGCCAUCGCCUUCUCCAUGCCUGGGCUAUUUAUUGCCACCGCCAUUGUUGCAGGUUCGUUGCAAGAGGUGGUGAUACUGGUGGUGCAAGUGACAGUGAGUCGAUGCUUUAAGCGGCGACGGCCGCUGGCCGUUGGCAUGACGGGGGCCGGAAUUUCCAUCAACCAGAUCAUGGGACCCCCACUGAUUGCCUUCAUGCAAAGCCACUACAACCCCAGGACAGUGAUGCUAGUGAUCAGUAUCCUUAUGCUGCAAAUCUGCGUAGCGGCCUCACUCAUGCCUUCAGGCAGUGACCACGGCGGCCUGCAACCGGCUAACCGAUUGGCGAUGGUGCGGCGGCGUGAAGUGGUAAUACUGUGUCUCGUGAUUGCCAUCACUAGCGCCACGAUGUCCACCUUCUCAGCCACGGUCCCGCUGGCCCUGCUCAACAACGGCUGCAGCCCACGCGAUAUGGUACCAUACCUCAGCAUGUCCGGUGUGGCUAACCUCGUCGCUAGGGUGGCCAUCGGCCUGCUGCUCUGUCACCUCUAUACCUCCAGCCUUGUGAUGAGGGUGUCCUCUGCCCUAUCCGCCGCCACUAUCCCUGUGUGGUUCUGGUGCAAGCGGACGUUCUGGCGGGUGGCGUGGCUGUCCCUGUGUCGGGGAAGCAAUGGUGUCGUCAAGGGAUUGAUAUCCCUGGUGACCCUGGAAGUGGUGGGAUUGCAGUGGCAGGCGGAGGUGCUCAGUCUCAUCAACCUCACCACAGGGAUAGCAACAUUGUUGGUCGGCCAGCUGACAGAUUUGCCGCAAGCGCUGACCAAGAGCUACGCCUCCAAAUUUUACACCAUGACCGCCCUCCUCAUGAUGACGCAGUUGCUGUGGCAGUUCUUGGACGUGCGAACAAGCGAGGCGUCCCCCAAGUACCGCCAACAGACUGCAGAUAGGAACUCUUGACGCAUCUCUGUAUAUCAUCUUGCCUUCAUCGAAGCCAAGAUGCUCGCCAGCCGCCAAGGCAUAACUAUUAGCGGACUGAAGCCGGCAGACGUCCAUGUCUGUCCCGUCACUUCUGCACCUCUUGGCACUGUGUGAGACUUGAAAAUACACACCUAUAACUUAUAUCAAUGCUGAAAACUUACAUGUGAGAAGCCAGUGCCCGUGUCCGUGCAUACAGCGAUCCAUGGUCGGCGGUCGCCUUUGCGGGUUGUCCCAGGUUGUGCUUUGAAACACACGGAGGAAUAGUAUUGAACUUUUUCAUAAAAGCACCAUCCAUAAAUCCAAUACAUCGCUACAUAUCAAACAAAAAGUAUGUUACUACAUCGUUACAUUGUGUGUAAGAAAUGCAGUUACGUUUCAUUAAUAAUAGACUUCAUGUGAUAAAAGAAAAAAAAUCUCAUUACACAACAAUAUACGUUUGUUCACUUGGUUUGAUCAUAGAAAACCUCUUACUGUAAAGAAACUUUUUUGUUAUGUAUUAAGAGCUAUUUUGUAGUGAUUACUGUUGUAAGAUAUUCUUUUGGUAUAUAAACAAUCAACAUGUUUUCUCAGCCAGGCACACAAAGAAUAUCAUCUCUUCUUUACAAGGCUUUCCUUAUCUUGGAACAAUUUUCCCUUUUUUUUUUUUCUCCUCUCAAGAUAGCUGAGAACCAGUUCUUGAUAUAAGAUUUCCUUCCUACUUUGCAACAUCUCCAUACAUCUCCCGAGAUAAGCAUAAGAUCUAGUUCUUGAUUUCUGUUAUCCGUAAAUCGUCAGCCAUAUUGAUACUCGUACAUCCACGAAUAAAUUUGUAUAUUAACAAAUCUUUACUUGAGUACAUUCGUCUCUAAGCAUGUGCAGUUCGCAGGAGGACGCUUGCCGCUUGCAUACAGCCGGACACAUUCUCACGGACAUGUAGCUAUCGGGGACAGGAAGAAAUGUGAGGGAAAAUAUGAGCUACUAAAUUCUUCAUCUGACUUUCACUUUUCUUCCACAUCCCAUACACUAUUUCUCUGUUUUCUUGUAUUCCUUGUUCACUAAAAAGUAAUUGUUUUGAAUUAUUUUCUUUUUGUUCUACGUAUAGUCUUUCCAAAUUGAAUCGUCUUUUUGGUGGCCCACAAUCGCAUAACUACGUAGUUACGCUGUUUUUUUUUUUUUUUUCAAGUAAGAGGGGGAAACUGGCCAAUGACAACAAAAACGAGUGAACAAAAAGACCCACUAAGAUGUCAGUCUCCCAACAGUGUCUAGAAAGUUAGCCAAAAGAAUGGGAUAAAUGUCUUGAAACCUCCCUCUUAAAUUAGUUCAGGUCAUAGGUAGAUGGAAAUGCAUAAACAGGUAGGAAGUUCCAGAGCUUACCAGAGAAGGCAUGAAUGAUUAUGAUCGAGAGGUUAACUAUUGCCUUAGAAAGGUGGACAGAAUUAAGGAUGAGAGAAA